AAUGGGGAUGUUUGGCUUUGCGAGGGCUGGAAAGGCUUCGCCCAGUAUUACUCCAUACGAUAUGGCCACCUCUUGUUAUUCAGAUAUGAUGGGAAUUCCCAUUUCCAUGUCCUUAUAUUUGAUAUGAGUGCUUCAGAGAUUGAAUAUCCUCCAUUCGAUAUGCAAAUACAGAAAAGAGAAGAUGCUGGAACAGACGAUUCUGUGGAUAAUCUGGAGGACUUUCCAUCAGGUAGGAGAUCAAGGAAGGGCAAAGAAACUGUUGAACAUGUUUCAACCGCAAAUUUCGAUGCCUGCCCAAGAAGCCAGACAAGGAAGCCAGCCUCCUAUCCAACAGAUAAAGAAGAAUGGAUUAAUGGAGACACUGCCCAGAGAAGCCAGCAAUCUCAAAUUUCUCACAAGCCACUGGAAACUCGCAGUAUGAAACUCACGGCACUCCAAAGAGUCACAAAUUUUCAGUCUUCAAAUCCUUUCUUCGAGGUUUAUAUGCGACCUUCUUACGUUAACGAAGGUCGUCUGUCUAUACCAACUGAUUUUUCCAGGAAAUAUUUGAGCGGGAAAGAGAAGAGUGUCCUAUUACAGGUUUCGGAUGGGAGAGCGUGGUCUGCGAAGUGUAGUUGGAGAAAAAUCAGUGGGCCGUCCUUUGUGCGGGACAACAAUUUACAGGUAGGUGAUGUUUGUAUCUUCGAGUUGGUCGUCCGAGGAUUGGAACCUCGGUUUAAUGUCAUAGUAUCUCGACGAGGUGAAUCUCAGAGUCCUCUGCCUCUGCCUCUGCCACUGAUGAAAGGAAAAGCUCUUGGUGUGAAAGUAUGUGGCGGUACAGAUGCCUUCAAGGAAGCCAUAUGGCUCCAAGGUAUUCUCAAGGAAAUACAUUUGCUUCAAAGCAAAGUGGUGGUUUUCUCGGAUAGCCAAAGUGCCAUCCACUUGUCCAAAAAUCCAGUGUAUCAUGAUCGAACCAAACAUGUGGAUGUGAAGUAUCAUUAUGUAAGGGAAAUGAUAGCCAACGGAACUGUGGGCAUCCAGAAAGUUUCUACAGCUAACAAUCCUGCCGACAUGGGCACAAAGGUAUUGACUGCAACUAAACUCAAGCAUUGUUUGAAUUUGUUGCAUAUUGAUGAUGGCUAA